AUGUAUGGACAGUCAAAUCCUCCUUCAUCACAGCCCGAAUGGCGACUUCCUACGCGUCCUUCGCAGCCGUUGCAGUCGGGACCCCCACCACCUCCUCCACCGCGUCCCCCGCCUGCUCCAUAUUCGCCCGCUGGAUCUUAUUCACCAGCUACAUAUGGUCCGAUCUCUCAUCACCAAGUUCCAAGGCUAUCGUCUCCAGCGGGUGCGGACAAAACCACCUGGGGAGUGCGCUACAAUAGUCAGAGCCCCGGUCCUCCAUUGCCGCCUCGACCUUCAAGUACCGAGCAGUCAUACACAUAUGGGCAGUCUUCAAACCCAUCUAUCGCACCGCCUGUCCAAUAUCAGGCGUCCCUAAACACUCAGCCGCCCCCGCCUCCACCUCCACCUGCAUAUACUCCGACACCACCAGUCGGUGUUCCACAACCGCCCCCAAAAAUCCCCCAAGGAUUUCAAAAUGCACCAACGCCUCAAACGGAUCAAAAAGGGCGAGCGCCUCUGCUCGCUCAGGGUGUAGGGCCAGCUGCCAUGACGGGAUCUUAUGAAACUCGCCCGGCGCCUGUCAUUAAUACCAACGCAGCUUCUACUGGCGCGUCCGCUCUAGGCCCUGGAUCACCGUCGGAUUGGGAACAUCUAGUUCCUACGCCCGGAGAAUUCGAUGAUGCGGCUUGGUUCCCACCCCGCAAGUCGCCCCCUCUACAUCAACAGGGGUUCCAACACCCUCCAGGGCCCCCAAGCGGUCCUCCUAAUGUGCCGGCAGGACACAUAUAUAAUAUGAUCCUGCCACAAAGAACGGAUACAAAUGAAUCGUAUGCAAGUGCUAUGUCUCGGCCGACACAGUCGGGACGAGAUAACGCAGGCUCGCCCGUCAGUCCAUGCACAACACCGCCUCCAUUGGUUCGCUUGGACACCAGCAGCACCACCACGUCCAUGGGAAGACAUUCCGAAAGCAUCGAUAAUGUAAUAGAGGCGUGGGUUCGCCCAUUAUCCCCUGCCGGUAGACCAGUUCAACCCGAGCACGAGCGCCGCUCUAGUUCAUUUCAUCAAACUAGUCCAGUCGAGCGCUCACAGUCGGCGCAAGCCGGACCCUCGCUUGAUGAGCAGUUGCAUUCGAGCUCGACUAGCUCUGCACAAAUGGUUGAAAGGUCCACAAGUGCGGCACCGACGAAGGACCUAGAUCCCUUUGAGGACCUCGAUCCUUGGUCUAAAUCGUCAUUACAGCGAUAUGUCGCUAUGCUGCGUAAGGAAGCAGUGGCUGAUUCGGAUGAAGAGCGGUACAAAAUCUUUACAGCAUUCAUGUCCAAAGAGACCAAACUUCGAGAGAUUCUCUACAAUAUUGAGCAUGAACCUCAGAGUACCUCGGUGACUACACGGACACCUGACUCCGCUCCUCAACCAGCACCGUCAGUCCCCAGCAAACCCGAACCACCUAUUGAGUCCGGGCUGAUACCCGUUGAAACGGAAUAUACGCCGUCGCUCUCCGGAGCAACAGGUGAUGAUGAUGACGUUCGCAGCGAGUACAGCGCGGGCGGUCGGCCUCUUCUUGGUAAACAGGCGCGACAGGGGUCUCUGUUCUUGCCCAGCUCAUCCACCCCAGUCUCGAGUCGUUUCUCAAGACCGUUGUCGAUGGCCACGUCUACAGAUUCGCAAAAGCAAGGCUUGGAACCUCUGGCUACGAACCCCCCGCGGCCCAUAUACACACCAUUCCAGUACACAGAGGGUCCACAACGAGGCUCGGAUAACCUCGUCUUUGCUCGCCCGGCUUAUCAAGCAUAUUCUGACCUGCGACAGGCAGCUGUCAGUGGGCGAGUCACGUCGAAUGCACCGCCCACAUCUCGAUUGCGGUCUAACACUGCACUUAUUUCGCCGACCGAACAAGACGAAACUUUUCUUGGUCUAAUUCGUCAUAAAAGCGUCGCUUAUACUAAACCAGCUGAGCGACAGUCUCCGCCACUUCCCCUGCUGCCUGAAUCUCUUCGUCAAGGCCCACCUGUUGGCCUUGUCGAAGAGCUACGCACCAUUGUUUGGACACCUUUGGAUAAACAAUCCGAAAGCUCCUGGCAUAUCACGACAAGGGAAGAGCUUGACAAAUUCUCUGAUGACUUCUCGUACAUCCAACAGACUGUUGAUCAGUGGGAAGAGACGGCGCAAGCCAGGCGACAAAAGUUGGAACAGGAGCGCCAGGCUCGUCAGGAAGAAUCGGAGGCACACAUUGACGAUCUCUUCAAUGAGAAGGUGAUCGGGUAUGCGGACAUCAAUACCUUAGAAGAAGAAUUUCGGCAAACCGAGGCGCGAGUCCAACUGGAAGAAGAAAGGCAUGAACUAGACGAUUUCAUCAAACAUGUCGUCGGCCCCUUGGAUGAACGUCUGAAAGAUGAAAUCUCAGCGCUUCGCCAAUUACAUGACUCUGCCCUUAAUAAACUCGAUCGCGACCAACAGGGCGAAGGUUCACCAAAGGAGCAAUGCAGCCCUUCAGUGACCAUGAGGAUGGUCAAUGGGAUUCAUCAAAAGCUUGAGACCCGGUUCCGGAAACGACUUGAGAUAGCGCUUGACUGUGAGCGACGACGGAAGAAGGCCGAGCGUCGACCACUUGUGUUUAUGGGGGACAUGGCCGGUCUGCGGAAAUUAGACGGAGAAUUUGACCAAAUGGAACGACGCAACAUCCUAGAAGCAUGCAAGGAUCGUGAUGAUCGUGCCAACCGACUCAUGGACUUCUUCGAUGAUGCGAUCCUGCAUGGGCUUGGUAUAAACCAGACUCUUUUAGAUGAGGUUGCGGCCAAGGUAGCGAGACUCGAUGCAUCUACUCUUCGUGCCCCCGGUUUACCGGAUUCUGAGAUAGAGCAGAUUCUCAAGUCUGCGGCGACAUUUGCGGCGUCGCUCAAAGCAGAUUCAGAGGCCAUUAUCCGCAGCUCUGAGGAUGCGGAAGUGGCCCUCAACGACGCCGACUACGAGGUCUCUGUCGCCGAAGCGCGAUAUGCCAAUGCAGACCCAGAUGUCCUCCAUCGGUUGGCGGAUGAGAAGAAAAAGGAAGAUGACAAGAUCCGCGCCGAUAUGGACUUAAAGUUGCAGAGCAUUCAGAAGGGGCCGGUGCAUAUUGAGACCACAAUCGAGCGCCUGCUCCUUGCCUUGCGCAACGAGCCCCGAGGCGCAACCCCGGUCUUUCCUGCUCAGGCGCCCCUCCCGAAGAGUCCCCUCAACGAGGUGCCUCUUCCUCCGAGUCUCCGCCCUGCAACAGUCGCUCCUGUCUCGUCUCCUAGUCCAGAACCCGUGAGCCAAAGCACGGACGAAGAUCUGGAACACAAACAGAGGCUUCGGAGAGCUUUAGAUGAAGCCAAGAAGCGGAACGCCUCCAGAUAA